CUAACAGAAACGAGUUUCGUUGUAACUUGACUGAAUAGCUGCUCUCUUGGCGCCUCUGUCACUGUUCCUUUUUCAACUCCUAAAAAUCAAAACCAAAUUUGACAACAGGACCUUCUGUUAACGGUCAGUUCACUCGAAAACCAAAAACUAUUAAUAAUUCUCCUCCCUUCCACUUUUCACUUUCACUUUUUCGCAAAUCAUUUCCUCCGCAUGAUCGCCUCCACUUGCCCGCUCCAAACCGCGUCGAUCCUCCUCUCGAAUCUCAAUCUCAGCCGUCCGUUCGAUCAUCUUUCGAAACCUAGACUGACUGCUACCUCCUCCUCUCCGUCGUCGCUUUCGGUGGAUCGGAGUCGGAGUAACUGUAACAUGGAGUGGCUUCGGAGGAUGGGCGGCGGCUGCGUCAAGGAUCGCCGGAGUAAAGUUCUUAAAGUGGAGGCUGACAGCGGCGGUGAAGAUGUCUUCAGUGCCGCCGCCAAGCCGCCGCCCGAGCAUCUUAUUGUCAUGGUUAAUGGACUUGUUGGCAGUGCGGCGGAUUGGAGAUAUGCUUCUGAGCAGUUUGUGAAUAAGAUUCCGGAUAAAGUGAUUGUGCACCGCAGUGAAUGCAAUUCUUCAAAAUUGACAUUCGAUGGCGUUGAUUUAAUGGGUGAAAGGCUGGCUGACGAGGUAAGGCGUGUAGUUAGCCAUAGGCCUCAGGUACAAAAGAUCUCCUUUGUGGCUCAUUCUUUAGGGGGUCUCAUUGCCAGAUAUGCAAUUGGGAGGCUAUAUGAGAAUUCUCCAAGAUUAGACGCCACAGGUAGGAGGCUAUAUGAGAAUUCUCCAAGAUUAGACCCCACUGGUAUUUCUGGCAAUUCCCCAAGUGAAGAGCAGAAAAAAUAUUCUAUGCAAUUGCUUGAGCAGCCUUGCGAAGCUAGAAUUGCUGGAUUGGAGCCCAUGAACUUCAUAACAUUUGCAACACCACAUCUUGGUUCAAGGGGAAACAAACAGCUGCCACUUCUCUGUGGCCUACCAUUUCUUGAGAGAAGAGCAUCUCAAACAGCACAUUUAGUUGCUGGGAGGACUGGGAAGCAUCUCUUCCUCAAUGAUAGGGAUAAUGAAAAACCUCCCCUUCUCCUUCAAAUGGUUAACGACUCGGAUGAUUUAAAAUUCAUAUCAGCUUUACGUGCAUUUAAGCGCCGUGUGGCCUAUGCAAAUGCAAAUUAUGAUCAUAUGGUUGGGUGGCGAACAUCAUCAAUCCGGCGUCAACAUGAACUUCCAAAGUCCAAUCUUCUCACGACUGAUGAAAAAUAUCCUCAUAUUGUUCACAUUGAACAAGCAACUGUGGAUAACAAUAACAAUAAAGCAUUGUCUGUUGUUGGAGAGAAACCGAUUGACUUGGAAGAGGAGAUGAUUAGAGGCCUCACUCAAGUACCUUGGGAACGUGUGGAUGUUAGCUUUCAUAAAAGCAGGCAACGGUAUGUUGCUCAUACCACCAUUCAGGUGAAGAGCUAUUGGUUGAAUUCGGACGGUGCCGAUGUGGUCUUCCAUAUGAUAGAUAACUUCCUUUUGUAGUCCUUUGCAAGUUUGGAGUCUUGUGAUAAAUAUAUCUUCAUGGUCCCAAUGUGGUUCGGUUACUUCAUUCAGUGUAUAAUGUCAUUGUCAAGCAUAAAGAUGCUGCUGUGUAUAUUUUUGUGUUAUUGUAGGGGCGUAUUGGUUCUGCAGAGUACCUCUGUUUUCUUUAUUUUAGUGU